AUGGAUCAAGUAAACGAAUGUUUAAAGUGUAUUGAGUUGAAGAAAUCAUUACAGGUUGAAAAGAAGAAAGUUUCUCAAAAGAAUCGCUUGAUAACGCUAUUGAGAGAGUUGGUGAGAAGUUAUGAAGCCAAGGAUUUGAAUUUAACCUUCACUGAUUUAUCUCGAAUAUAUGAAUCAUCUUCUAGUGAAGUUACAAUUUUAAAACAACGAUUAACCCUUUAUUUAAAUGAAAAUCAAGAAUUAUUACAGUUAAAAAAUGAAAUAUCCGCUCGCAAUGACUUACUCGAUAAAAAAUAUCGGGACGUAGAAGAUGAAAUAUCUCAUUUAAGAUUUGUCAAUAAACAAUUAGGUGAUUACUAUAGAGAAAAAGAAGCAGAUAAUGAUCAGCAUAAAGAUCGUUUGAAAAAAUUGGCAAGGAAAUUACUAUCUUAUGAACCGAAGAACUCAGAAGUGAGGAAAAUUCUUAAUCUACAAAACACACCUGUUGAUUUAGAUCAUAAACCUUCAAAAAAUAGCAAUAAGAAAAAAAAUGAAGAAAACGUAAAAGACAUGAAGAAAGAUAAUAUUGGAGAUGAUGAUUUAAUUACAGUGACAUCAAAACCUUCAGAUAUCUUGAAUACAGAAGAACUUGGCAUGUCUGUAAACGCUGAAUGUGAUAAUGAUACUGAAUGUUAUGAAACCAACUUCUUGUGUACAGAGGAAGGCUCCAACUCUCCAAGUCCUGAACCUGACUUGGUGCUUGAUGCUAAUAAGCUUAAUGGAAUGUCUGAUGACUUCAUAACAUCACAGUCUUUUGAUGAUAAAUCAAUUACAGAAAAAUCAAGUGAAAUAAUUAGUAAUAGUGAAGAUGGUAUUAUUACUUGCGAGGAAUCAAACAGUUCGUCUAAUUGUGUUGACAGCAUUGAUCAUUGUUCAUUUUACAAAAGUAUUUCAAAAGAUUCAUCAAGUAUUAAUGUUGAAGAAAACAGAAGUAAAUCUCCCGAAGUACUUCCUUCAUUAUUCGAAGAAGACAGUUGUACGUAUGAAGACAUUUCUGAACAAAAUGAGAUAGAUGCUAAUCACAAGAAUUCAAAUGAUUUUCUAGAAUUCGAGGGGAGUUUACCAGAAUUAAUUUCUCCCUUGAAAUCAGAUGAGCAAAGGGUGCUAAACUAUCCUGAUUGCAACCAAAUCUUGCAACAUGGUAGUGUUGUCCAGGAUAAUUCUGAUUGUGAUGAUUCAAAUAAAGAAAUCACAGAAAAUGAUGUUAAUGAUAAAAAUGAGAAAGUAUCAACUGAUAUAAAAAACGAAUGUUCUUCCAAUAGUGGUGAUCAAAUAGACAAAAAGAAAAAAUCUCCACAUUCUAUGUUCCAAUCUAAAUAUCAAGCUUUAAAUGACGGUUUGCUAUUUAGUGAGAAAACACUGAAUGGGAGCCACAUACCGUUGAAUGAGAACUAUGCAUCUAAUUACCAUUUUCAAAGUUCACAUUGUUUUGGUUGUUGUAAUAACAGUUUUGAUGCUAGACCUCCUGUUACUUUGAAACUUUACAAUUGUACUAAUGUUGAAAUUAGUAUUCCUCCAGCAAUGCAAAAAAAUAACCAGCCGAUUAUAACAGUGAGGGAUAAAUGUGAUCUGGAUAAGUGUUUUGUUAACACGUCUAAUGAUGUUAAUAAACCAGUGGACCCAUCUGCAAUUCACUGUUCUUUUAUUCCUGAUAGAAGAAAUAGUCAGAGUAAUGCUGAUAGCAAUAAUCAACGUAUACCGGCUGUUCUAACUUGGAGCAGACCAUCCUUAAACAGGUCAAAUCGUAACAGUCCCAAAAAUAUGAAAGAAACAUCUAAUCCAUAUUUUCAAGGUUGUCGUGAUGAAUCAGAAAAAACUGAUUAUUAUUUUUCAGAUUACUUAACAAAGAAUCAAGUUAGUGAAAAAAGCAGUUCUUUCAGAGAGCCAUGGGUGGAUGAAAAUGAAAGUGAAAGUGAUACAAUCAAAUGUAGCAGAAUGUUUCCUGUCAAAGCUGAUAAACAAUUUGAUUUGGAAUACUUUUGUUAUGCAUUUGGAAGCUUAUCUCUGAAAUAUGUAUUAUCUAAACAAACCUCUAUAGUCAAUUUUUUAGAAAAAAGGAAUAAUUGCACAAAUAGAUAUUCAUCAUUGCUCAAUAUUUCUCAACCACCUGUCUUUCAUAAUAGUUUAAAAAAUUCUCUAAGUUCAAAAAAUAAAAAUGAAUGGAUAUUUGGACAAAAUUUCUUGAAAGGUUUAACAAAGAAAGACAUUUUUCAUAAGACGGCAGUCAAACCAACCAACUUGUUGAACAAAAAUGCUGAAGAAAAUUCUCCUAAAAAAAUAAAACAUUGUAACAUAAUACAGAAAUCUGUUUUAAAUUUGAAAACUAAUUACAUAAAUAAGAAAAGUAUUAAUGAUUCUAUAAAGAAUAUGAUCCCAGUGGAUGAGUCUGUUCAAAAUCCAUUUCAUAAGAUUCAUCAUACAAAUGAUUUAAAAGGAACUAAGGGCUAUUUCAAACCAGUUUGUUUUGACAUUAAUUCAAAGAAAACAAUAUUCGAUAGAAAAGAUACUAUCUUUGAAAAAAGACAAGUUAUAAUGCCUCAGCCUUGUAUGAAACCAUCUGUAGAAAAUAAUCAGACUUGCAUUGAAGAUGUAAAUCACAAACCAUUUGAAAAUAACUCUUUCAAAUUACAGUCUUCUCAACGGAAUGUAUAUAAUCCUAAUGUUGCUACUGAAACUUCCAAAAGUGAAUCUGAUCUUUCUUCACACGAUAAAGGUCAUUCACAAUCAAUUUUUGACUUAGAUCAGGGAAAAGGUACUUCAACUUCCAAUUCUAUUUCCCACUCUAGCAUAUGCAACAAUAAAACAAACUAUGCUGCUACCUCUCAUCUAUUAUCGCAAAAAGAACCCAUAUUAAAUCAAAUACAGAAACCUCCCACUUCAAGAAGUUCUCAUCGCUCUGCAAAAGAAGUGAUAGCUGAGGAACGAUCAAUAUCACCUAGAAAAGAGCAUUUAAAGGAGAAUUUAAUGAGAGAAAAGCCAGUAUUGCAAAAAGAAAGGACCCCUAAAAAGAUUAAGCAUUACGAUUUACCUCAAUCAAAAAAUGUUUCUAUUAAUGAUGAGUAUUUAUUCAAAAAACCAGAUUCUGUAAAUGUUAAAGCAACUUCAGAUACAAAAAUUACUGAAAAAAAUGUUGAAUGUAAACCAUUAAUUAACAAAGAAUCAAAAGGUAAUUUAAACAAAAAAUUAACUUUUGAUACUCCAAGAAAAAUUGAUCAAUCCACCAGGGUAAUCAAACAGAAAUCUAGUCCUGACGUUAAAAUACAAAACAUUAAAAAAACGCUUUCUCUGCAGAAUGGAUUAAAUAAGGAAUCCAAAUCUUUGAGUGGCACUACUUUAAAACCAGGCAAUAAACCUAUGGCCGUUGUUCAUAAAAAGUCAAUUAAUAUCAGUUGUGACCUCAGUACUGAUAAAGAAGAAGUUGAAAAAUCAGAUAAUGAACUACAAGAAAUUUUCAAAGAAAUGAAACAUAUAUCUAUUCCCCUAUUAUCACCUUUAAGAAAAACCCCAGAAAUAUCUGCUGUAGAAACAUCAAGACUUACGGAAAUUGAGGGUAGUUCAGUAGAAAAUUCUGAUUUAGAAAACAAUUAUGAAAUAAUUAAAUCUAAAGAAGACAUUGAAUCUAAGGAUGUCAAAGAUGAGAAAAUAAAUUCUUCACUGGAUAAACCUGUUUUAAAUAACGAAAUACUUUCAAAGUGUGACAUUAUCGAGAGCAGGUUGGAAGAUAAUGAAACUAUCUCUGAAUCAAAACAAUCAUUUUUUUCUGUUGAUGAAAGCAAAUACAAACUGUUUUCAGAUAGUGACGAUACGGAAUCUCUUGAAGAAGAGACCGGUAUGCAUAUAGAAGACUUGGUUGUUAAUGAUGAGAUUUUAGAAGAUAAGGAAAUGGAAAGUUGUAACAAUAAUGCAAUAAGCCCAGUUAAUGAUGAAGUUUUAGAAAUUACCGAAAUACAAAGUUUUAUAAAGACUGAAGAAAUAAAAAUUUAUAGUCGCAAAAGGAAAAAAUCUACUGAAAGCCUGGAAGAAGAAUACUAUGCCUCUCUUCCCUCAUCAUCAGAAUACAAAAGUAAAACUUCUGAGGAAACCAUCCCAACUGCUGAUUAUAAUUCUCCUCGUAAAGAUGUUGAACCUUCUUCAGCAGGUGACAACAAAGUUGAACUUUGUUCUAGUACUGCUAGUGAUAAUAAGCCCUCCAUUGCCCUAGGAUUUUACGUUAAUAGAAAUGAUGAAGAAAGUGCUAGUAGUGUAUCGGUUCCUUUACUUCCUGAUAUCAAAAAUCCAAAACUAGAAUGUACAACUGUUUUGGAAGACCCGAACCCUAAUCCUUUUAAUGCUGCUGCAAAAGAUAUUUCUUCUACUGAGGAUUGUGUUCCAGAAAAUGAUUCUGUGGUGCAAAGAGAAGAAAUGCAAGAAGGAGGGGAAAUACCUCUUGAUAAAGAAGAAAGCCCGGGAAAGAAAAGGAAACUUCGUGAAAACAAUGAUCAUGUUGAAGGUAUGUGCAGUAAGAAGCAAAAAAUGUUUUCAGAUGAUGAAUAUAUAUCCUGUGAAAGUGAUGUUUUUAUUUGUGCUCUAAGAUACCUGUCUGCAGCUGCAGUAGCAUCCUCUGACAGAAAAGUCCGCUCUUUACCCAAAACAAAUGCAGAUCUUACUACGAAAAUAGCCAUUAACCAUAUUAAAAAUCUUAUUAUUGGGGCACUAAAGUUCGUGGAUAGUGAUGUUUACAAUGUUUUGAACUCCUCUGUCAAAAAAAUGCGCCUGAUCAAUGAUGCUUCUCCUACAUCUUUAGCCAAGGCUAUUAUAGAACUCUUAGUUGAAAGUAACGACAAGUCUGAGGCAAAAGACAAGCCCUAUAUGCCCAGUAUGACCAAAACAAUAAAAAUGUGUCUUUUAACUGCUGUUUCGUUUAUCGGAUACAAUAGAGACUAUGUGAUGAAUUUUUGUGAAGUUUUUGAGCAAUAUAUUUCAUCAUUUUAUGAUAAAACUUUAAGAGUCGUUGAAGGUUCCCAACUUGUAAUUUUCUAUACAUCGUUUUGUAGAAGUUACAAUUUGGAUGACAAAGUAAGAUACUUGAUCUAUGAUGUUUUGUAUACAAGAAAUAUCAAAGCAUAUCCUAUGGUUUAUAAAACAAUUCAAACUUGGCCAGAUGUACUUCCUCAUUCAGAAACUUGUUUUGCCAAAGAUUGUUUACUCACACAAGCAAUAAUUUUCAUCCUGCUGUCUGGUGCUUCUUCUGUCGAUGAAAAAGUAGGAAACAUUUAUUGUAUUAAGAAUAUUAGGAGCUAUCUUUAUAAAUACUUUGGAUACAAAUGUAAUUUACUUAGACGUGAAGAACUUACUGAUAAAAUAAUUGAAAAUAUUUCUUUGAAAGGAGGUAGUGUAGCUCUUGUUUUGUUGUGUAAAUGUGAACCAUGGGAGUGGUCCUUAAAUGUAGUGGAGAAAAAAUUAUUACCCAUUUUACAGUCUCCAAGAUCUAUGGAUGAAUCUAAAGUUUGUGAAUAUAUUUUAACUGUUGGGAGAGUUGUUCGAGGAUUCCCGAUUACUAAAGCUGGUCAUAUUGUUAAAUGUACGUUAGAAGUAUUGGAGCAUAUGCUUUUGGAAUCCAACUCUAACCAUCUUUCUGAAAUUAUUAUUGAAGCAAUAUCCCUUUUAAGGCGACACAAUCUUAUGAAGUGCACUUCUAUAUUAAUGAAUUGGAAGCCAAAUACUAAACAAAUCACUGAGAAAACCAUAAAUCACAUAAGCACUAUUCUAAGGGUCAAAAAUGUAGGCUAUUGGAAAAACAUUUACUCAGCUCAUUCGUCAAAUAUAAUUCACAAUACUAGACCGUUUAGAAAAAAGAGAAAGCCAGGUUUUCAAAAUACUCCCUGA